AAAGAGGGAGGAGAUGAGCAGCAAGGCAGGAUAACUGUGAGCAAAGUGGGCACUGUUGUUGGAGACAUUUCAGGAGUUCACAAUGGUGUCUAGAACAGCGUCCAAGUUUGCCGUUUUGUGCCUGCUGCUCCCGUUUAUCCACGCGAACCGGAUUAUCCCAGAAACACCGGAGCUCCAGAAGUCCGCCAUCCCCGGGCUCGGGGUGAAGGACCACUCGCAGAUUGUUGCCCAGCACAAUAGACUGCGCAGCCGAGUCAAACCCAUGGCAGCUAACAUGCAAAAAAUGGAGUGGAAUGAGAAGUUGGCGUUACUUGCAAAGGAGAGGGCAGCAUCGUGUCACACAGAUUCGCCUCCUCAACACUCCUCAUCUUUCAGACACGUUGGCUGGAACACACAUCUCUCUGCUUAUGGUGUCACAUCAUUUUCUGAUGCCAUUCACUCUUGGUUUGAGGAGGGGAAAGAUUUUCUCUACUUGAGUGGGCAAUGUAGGGAGAACGCCACCUGUCAACACUAUACACAGUUGGUGUGGGCCUCUUCGGGUCACGUGGGCUGUGCCAGCCAGCUGUGUCUGAGAGAAGGAGACCUCUGGGAGAUGUUUGUCUGUGCAUAUUACCCUGGGGGUAACUGGGAGGUGAAUGGUCAGCUGGUGAUGCCUUAUAAGACGGGCCUGUACUGCUCUCUCUGCACCUCUUCCAUGUCUGGCUGCUUUAGACUGUGGGACCAUGUAGGUGGAUUAUGUGAGAUUCCGAAGAAUCCGUGUCGAAUGAGCUGUGGUCAGCACGGCCAUCUUAACAUCUCAUCCUGCAAGUGCACGUGUGACCCGGGCUUUACUGGACGCCUGUGCCAGGUACGGUGCAGUGUGCAGUGUGUACACGGUCGUUUCAAAGAAGAAGAAUGCUCUUGCUUGUGUGAUGUUGGCUAUGGUGGUACUGAGUGUGCAGAGAAAGUGCAGUUUCCCUUCCACAGCUGUGAUGUGAUGAUAGAUGGUGAUUGCUUCAUGGUGUCAUCAGAAGCUGAUACCUACUAUGGAGCCAAGAGUCACUGUCAGGAACGAGCAGGUAUUCUAGCUCAGAUCCACAAUCAGAAGGUUCAGGACAUCCUGGCGUUUUAUCUCAGUCAGCUGGAGACGAGCAACAAGGUCACCAACUCUGACUUUGCGACACGAAAUUUCUGGAUUGGUUUGACAUAUAAGCCUCUGAAAGACUCAUUUCGCUGGGACACAGGAGAGAUCCCUAGAUUCAGCAGCUUUGCCUUUGGGCAACCUGACAACCAAGGCUUUGGAAACUGUGUCGAGCUGCAGGCGUCAAGUGCCUUUAACUGGAACGACCAGCGAUGUAAAACGCAGAACCGAUACAUUUGCCUGCAUGCUGCAGAGCACAUUGCCCGGUGGGAGGAUGGCAGGUGACCUGGAUUUCUCAAAGGGGUGAAAAUAGGUGUGCAGUAUGUGUUAAAUGUUGGUUGGUACAAUGGCCACUAAUGUUUUUUUUUUUUCCAAUUAUUGUACACAGAUCAGUGUAGUUUAGAUGUACUUGAUAUACUGUACAUGUUUGAAUGUGUAAUGCGAAUGUGUAAAGGGUUCUACGUUACUUAGAAAAUUUGUUGUUUCACUCUUACGUUUAAGAUAUUAGUUUCCACUUUAAACAACACAUUUUAGAUUUUCCCUUCUGCAAGUUAACAGUGCUUCGACAUGAUGCUUAAUCAUCCUCAAACAUCUCAUGUCACGUCACAUGCACCUGGCUCACACUGCGUUCACAAAAAACAGGCUGGUCAGGUUUGUUUACUUGUUGAAUAUUAAAAUGAGCUCUAAUGUACCCUAUACGGUCAGCUUGAAGAAAUAGUUCAAACAUUUUUGGGGAAUUACGUUUAUUUAGUUGUUUACUGAGAAUUAGACAGAUCGAUACCACUCUCUUUACAGUAAAUAUGGGGCAGCAGCCAGUUAGCAUAGUUUAGCAUAACUGACCUUGUUUCCAAUCUUUAUGCUAAACUAAACUAACCAUCCUGUGGGUUCAGCCUCAUAUUAGUGAGUUGUAUCAAUGGCAUCUUUGGAAACUUUGAGCUCUUCAGCCUACUAGAAAAUGUAAUUGCUGUUGAUGAACAAUGUGUGGCUGCACAACAUGCAUUUGUAAUGACUGAGCUACUGAUGGAUCAAAGGGACUGGCCACACAGUGUGUCACUACUGUAUAUGAGAUUUGCCAUGUAAUAAACUUUUUUUUUGCUGA